GGAAGUUAUCAGAAUGAUUUUGGGGGCGCGAAUCCAGAAAGGAAAAACUAAACUGUUGUUGUGUUGUUAGGACCGCUGGACCACCUUAAAGUUAUUAGAAGUUAGUCGUUGUGGUUUCUGUUGCCUUCUCCUCCGCCAUGUGUGAAAAGAUCAAGAAGGUGAACAGCUGGCUCAGCACGGUGUUUGGAGAUCAGCCGGUGCCACACUUUGAGGUCAACACAAGGACAGUGGACAUCCUGUACCAGCUGGCACAGUCCAGUGAAGCCCGGUGCAGUGACACAGCUCUCCUCACAGAGGACCUCAAACAGAAAGCGGCAGAAUAUCAGGCUGAAGGUGCUCAUUUCCGUGAUGUUCUCCUACAAGGUGUUGGCCUCUCCUGUGCAAGCUUGUCAAAGCCUGCUGCUGACUACUUGUCUGCUUUGGUGGACAAUGCCAUGGUGCUUGGAGUCAGAGACACAUCACUGGGCAGCUUUAUGCCAGCACUGAACAACCUCACCAACGACCUUCUGGAUGCAGAGAAGUCAAACAGGAGACUUGAGAGGGAACUCAAGGCCCUCAGAAAGAGACUUGGUGCCACUCUAGUGCUGCGGAGCAACUUACAAGAGGAUAUCAACAAAACUGUUAAAUCUCAGGCAGUGGAGAGCGCUAAAGCAGAGGAGAGACUGCUCAACAUGGAUUUUGUGACGGCAAAGGCUAAAGAGCUUGGCAGCAGACGGGAGAGGGCAGAGGCUCAACUUGUGUCCAGGAACAUGGACAAGUCUCUCACCCAUCAGGCUAUUGUGCAGCUCUCUGAGGAAGCAGCCACGCUGAAACAAGAAGUAAUCCCCUUGAAAAAGAAACUGGAGCCUUACAUGGACUUAAGCCCUAGCCCUUCUCUCGCUCAAGUGAAAGUCGAAGAAGCAAAAAGAGAAUUGGCUGCACUUGAUUCCCAGUUUGAGAUGAAUAUGGAUUUCAAGUGAAUAUGUUUGCGAUGUUAAAAUCAUGUCUGUUUUGAGGUGUAUAUUCUGUGUGUUUUCAAAAAGUAAUAAACUAAUUGUUUGCGUGUC